AUGUCUCAAAAAUUAUCUCCCCGUUGCUAUUUCGAUCUUUCAGCUAAUGGAGAAUCAUUAGGGAGAGUCGUUUUUGAGCUUGAUUCAGCAACAUGCCCAAAAACUUGCGAAAACUUUUUGUCGCUAUGUCGUGGAGACCGCGGUUUCGGCUACAAAGGGUGCCUAUUCUACCGAGUGAUUCCCGGAUUUUGUGCUUGCAGCGGAGAUUUCGAGACACAGAACCAGGACAGAAAAGGCGGUCGAUCGAUCUAUGGGAAGUGGUUUGACGAUGAGAAUUUUGAGAAACCGCAUGAUAAACGAGGUGUUUUAUCGAUGGACAACUUCGGGUGGCCGAACACUAACUCGUCGCGCUUUUUCGUCACUUUUGAUGAGUGUCGAUGGAUGGACGGCUAUCAUGUAGCAUUUGGUGAAGUGGUUUCGGGAUGGGAUACUCUGGAUAAAAUUGAGAAACUAGGAGUCAUCGAGGGAUAUGGGCGCCAAAAAGGGCGCACUUUGAAGGAAAUUCGAAUCGAAAAUUGUGGAGAGCUC